AGUUCUGCAGGGUCACUAAAUACACAGGAGCAGCAAAACCCUCCAAAAAAGAAAAAAAUAUAUAUAUUUACCCCCCAAAAAGAACCCGAAUCCCCCCAGAAAAGAAGAGGAAACCUCCGCAGGACCUGCAGCAACAACUUUCUGAUAAGCGACUUUUCCUCCUGCUCCGACCUGAGUCCGCUCGCUGCUGCAACGAUGACCGCAGCCGUGGUGUCGCCUUUCUUCGACUUCGAGAUCAUGAACAAGAACAACAAAUUGCUCGGCUUCAACAACAACCUGGGAGCCCCCCAUCCCAUGUCUGUCCCCUGCACUGGCGCCAACGUGCCCAUCUCCAGCCCCACCGGAGCCCUGCUGGACAGGAAAGCGGUGGGAUCUCCCUCCGUGGGGGGGGUGUACCAGCGGCGGCACUCUGUCAGCAGCACAAAGUUCUGCCAGAACCAGUUCCUGAACAGCCUGAAGGCCGGGGACCACUGCUCGCUCAUCUCCGGGCUCGGCAACGCCGGCAGCAACAAGGAGAACCGCAUGCGCGACCGCUCCUUCUCUGAGACCGGCGAGCGGCUCAUGAAGUGCCUGGGCCCGGCCAGCCCCACCGGCAGCAGCAGCCAGGUCAACUCCAGCCGCUACAAGACGGAGCUGUGCCGGCCCUUCGAGGAGAACGGCUCCUGCAAGUACGGAGACAAGUGCCAGUUUGCUCACGGGAUCCACGAACUGCGCAGCCUGAGCCGCCAUCCCAAGUACAAGACGGAGCUGUGCCGCACCUUCCACACCAUCGGGUUCUGCCCGUACGGCCCCCGCUGCCACUUCAUCCACAACGCCGAGGAGCGCCGCGGCCCCCCCCAGCAGUCCUCCCCUCUAAACUCUUCCAACAAGAUGGAGAGGCCUCGGCUGCAGCACAGCUACAGCUUCGCAGGCUUCUCCAGCUCGGCCGGGCUGAGGGACAGCCCCACCUCCGUCACCCCCCCGCCCAUGUUCUUCCCCGACGAGGUGUCCGACUGGCCCAGCAGCAACCCCUUCACCUACUCCAGCCAGGAGCUGGCCAACCUGUUCGGGCCCAGCCUCAGCGUCGGCCCUUUGGGCUCCGAGCCCAACAACCCUGCACCCCCCUCUCCCACCAGCAAACCUUACUAUUUCAGGCCCAUGUUGGCGUCCCCCCAGAUGUUCGAUACUCCCUCCAGCCCACCUGACUCCCUCUCAGACCAAGAUGGCUACCAGAGCAGCUCCGGGGGCAGCCUGAGCGGCUCCGAGUCCCCCCGGCUGGACACCACCCACCGCCUGCCCAUCUUCAGCCGCCUCUCCAUCUCUGACGACUAAAACUGCAACAAGCACCCACCAAUGACUUUAUGUUUUGAUGACACAAAGAGAACCCGGCACCCCCCCCCCCCACCCCCUCUACCUCUGCCCUUCUCCCAAGCCCCUCUCCCCCCCACCGUCUUCUCUUCAAUCAACAACACCGUGUCACUUCCUUGUUAGCAUGAGGAGGAUUCAGUCAAUUAAGGGAACUCGAACGAUCAUUUCAUCCGUUGAUCUGCACAACAGCAAGUUUUAAAAAAGCCUAACCUGCCAUGUGUCAUAGUGCCAAAAAUGGAGAGGAAAUCGAACAAUGAAAAAAAAAAUCACACGAACAAGAAUUGACUGUUUUUCCCCAGGUGCCACUUGUUUUUCUUUUUUCUUUUUCUUCUUAUUUGUUCUUGAAUGUGUAGCAGCACAAGUGGCCUUGGAAAGGGGCGUGCAUUGCACUAGCCUCCUAGCCCCUCCCUCCCUCCCUCUUUCCCUCCCUCCCUGACGAUACCACUUCCCCCCCCCCCCGAGCUAGCUAGAGGGUGCUCACUAACGUUAAGUGUAGAUUUACCGCAGCCGUUUUUUACAGACUGAGUUAAGACAAAAGGAGAGAG